GAAACCUAUGCGCAUCAACUGUUGGAAUGCACUUUUAGCUCAAAUGGUUACGAUAAUUCCCACCCCACACUCGACGUUGUGUAUUCAGUUUACCCCUCCUCAAUACCAUUUGUAUAUAACAUAAAAUGGGUUUUUAAAGAUUUUCUUUCGUCCUUUUCUUGUAUAAAGAUGAUCUUUUUACCAUGCUUAUGAAUCUAACGGUUGUACCAGCACAGCAAGGCAGCACCUAUACUGUUCUGUGUGUUUUUCUUUUUGAAGUAUUUAAGAUAAUGUGAUACAGCCGUGUUUGUAUUAUUUUAUAUCUGCUAAACAUUUAGGGGAAUGUGAAACAUUCUCUGACCUUGUCAUUUGGACAUUCUCCCUUCUCCCUUCUCCCUCUUCUCAUGUUUGUAAAAGAAAGGACACAUGGCAUGGGGAGGUUAGAGAGAAAGUUGCUAGCAUUCCCCAAAGAGAACUGAUUUCGGCACACCCUUUCUCCUUCUACACACCCCUGUUUUUUUUUGUUUAAUAUGUUUAUAGGUCGUGCAGGUGGAGAAAAAAGGAGUGUGGAAGUCACUUCCCUUCCCCAAACAUUUAUACCCAUGACAAACUCCCAUCUCCUAUUAGUUAAGGCGAGUCUGGGAUUCUUUUAUUCUUCUAAGGCCGAGAGGAGGGGUCUAUUAUCGAGCCAUUUGGGCCUAUCAGGAAGUACAAAGUCUAAUGGCAAGCAACAGAUGGAUAGUAGCUCUUGCUCGCAGCAGUCAACGUCUGGGAAUUUGAAUCAAGCUUUAGUAGCAUCCAAAGCUGAUAUAUCCGUCCCUACCAACCUCAAGUCCUUCAGUUUCAGUGAUCUCAAAAAUGCUACUAGGAACUUCCGCCCAGAGAGUCUGCUCGGAGAGGGAGGGUUUGGGUGGGUAUAUAAAGGAUGGAUUGAUGCAAACACAUUAGCUCCCACUAAACCUGGAACUGGGUUAGUGGUGGCCAUCAAGAGGCUCAAGCGAGAAAGCUUUCAAGGCCACAAGGAAUGGCUUGCAGAAGUGAACUAUCUUGGUCAGCUUCGCCAUGAAAAUCUUGUGAAACUCAUAGGGUAUUGCUCAGAAUCUGACAACAGACUUCUGGUUUAUGAGUUCAUGCCAAGGGGAAGUUUGGAGAAUCAUUUGUUUAGAAAAGGUGUUCAACCCAUCACUUGGGCUGUUCGGAUGAAUAUUGCAAUUGAUGUUGCACGGGGGUUAUCUUUCUUACAUAGUUUAGAUGCUAAUGUCAUCUACCGUGACUUGAAAGCUUCCAACAUUCUACUUGAUUCGGAUUUCAGUGCUCGGCUUUCAGAUUUUGGGUUAGCAAGAGAUGGUCCUACUGGAGAUAAUACUCAUGUUUCAACCAGAGUGGUCGGAACUCGAGGCUACGCUGCACCAGAAUAUGUUGCUACAGGUCACUUGUCGCCAAAGAGUGAUGUGUACAGCUUCGGGGUUGUUUUGUUAGAGCUUCUAUCAGGGAGACGAGCAAUGGACGAUGAGAGAGCUGGGAGUGUCGAGGAAACAUUGGUGGAUUGGGCAAAGCCAUUCAUAAGUGAUAGUAGACGAGUUUUAAGAAUCAUGGACACAAGGUUGGGGGGUCAAUACUCGAAGAAAGCAGCCCAAGCUGCAGCUGAACUUGCUUUACAGUGCUUCCAUACAGACCCAAAAUAUAGGCCACUCAUGAUUGAUGUUCUAGCCACAAUGGAACGAAUCCACCCAAAGGACACGUUACGAACACAACAACACAAGUUAGACGAUCAUGGGGUCAAGCACUUGAACCAUCAUCCUCACACGUAACAAUUUCAAAUACAAAAUUGGAAUAAAUUUGUUUUCCUCAUACGUAGAAGGAACUUUCAUACUCCAUAUAUAGACAUAUAUAUGUAGCUACCACAAUUGUGCCUUCUAGGUUGAUUAGUCGUAAAAACAGAAGAAGAGACGCUUUGUUUUUAAUACUUGCCUUAAAGAGAUAGUGAGAUUGUACAACGUAUCACAAGAAUUAAUAAUCUGUGUGUAUGUAAAGCUUCCAGUUUUCCUUCCCUCUUAAGGGAACCAAAUUGUUGUUUACAACAUGCAUAUGCUUGUUUUUCAUUUCCAUCUUUUUUCUUCGGUAUGUGAAGGUUUUUCUUCUGGUACUGAUUUCAGUUUUCAAAUAAAAAGAAAACUGAAACUGUUCAACU